AUGGCUGCAGUGAGGAAGAGGUCCUCCUCUGUCUGCUCCUCUUCCUCAGCUGAGGAAGACAAUGCAGGCCUCUGCCACACGACCUUCAGCUCAGUAGCUGAGCAGCAGCAUCCUUAUGCAGCUCUGCUCUGCUGCCACCGUGUGCAGGACUCCCUGCUGAGCUCCAACAGCAGCUUCACCGGCUACAGAGGUGUCCUCAACUGGAUCAUCAUCCUGCUGGUCUUGACUCACGCUCACUUGUUCUUGGAGAACUUCAUACAACACGGGUUUCUUAUAGAUGUGAAGAAGGUCUUGGAGCAUCUUGUGGAGGACAGCUACAGCUGGCCGUCUGUCAAGCUCAUAAUGGCUGCCAACAUGUUUGCCCUCACAGCUUUGCUUCUCGAGAGGUCUCAGGAAAAGGGCAUGUUGUCCUCCACCAUCGUCCACCGUUUGCAUCUUGGAAAUCUGGGGUUGCUCAUGCUGUUUCCUGCUGCAGUCAUUCUGCACGACACAACAAUAUCAGCAGGGGGAGCCUUCUUCUCUCUGUGGUCCUACACUGUUCUGGGCCUGAAGCUUUAUUCGUACCAGGAAACUAAUCAAUGGUACCGGCAGGGUCAUUUAACCGGCACAGACACAGACAAGAACAAACUGCACAGGCCAAAAGCCCCUGGCACUCAUCUUAGUUUACGAGAUCUUUACUAUUUCCUCCUGGCCCCGACUCUGUGCUACCAGAGAGACUUCCCCCGCACUCCCAAGGUCCGCAUCAACAAACUGCUGCACAGGCUGCUGGAAAUGGUGAUCCUUAGUCAGAUCAUGGUUGCAAUUGUUCAGCAGUGGAUCGAGCCCAUCUUCCAGAGGUCAGAAACCUCAUUCUCUAAUAUGGACCUCACCAUGAGAGUGGAGCAUUUGGUGGGACUUGUGGCGCCGACCCAUUUCUUAUGGCUGCUGUUCUUCUUCCUGUCGCACUCCUACCUGAAUUUCUGUGCUGAACUGCUGCACUUUGGCGAUCGGCACUUCUACGGAGACUGGUGGAAUGCUACAACUCUGACGGCUUUCUGGAAGAACUGGAAUAUUCCGUUUCAGAAAUGGUGCCACAGACAUGUAUAUACACUGCUGCUGGAGAAGAAUGUGUCCCCGUCACGAGCCGAGUUAUCGGUCUUCCUCAUGUCUGCUGUCCUUUGUGAGUACGUGAUCGCUCUGCCUUUGGGUAGCUGUCGCCUGUGGAUCUUUCUCAUGAUGCUGUUUGAGCUUGUGGUUGCUGUUUUCCUCGGAUGCUACUUCCAGGGGAAUUACGGCAACGGCCUGGUGUGGCUGUGUCUGCUGCUGGGGCCUCCUCUAGCUGUCACGACCUACUUUCACGACCACUACGUCGGCCUUCAUCGACAGCACUCGUCAUCCUCACCCCCAUCCUGACUGCCGCCGCCGUCCCGGGAGACCGCCUUCAUGUAGCUGCACGGACACAACGGUGGCCUCAGUGGUCAAAAUGUGUUGUCCAACAUGCCUACCAUUAGAGCGAGUGGACACAGCUGUGAUCCAAGUCCCAGUCACGACUCUAGCCCUCAUCAUCACAGCUCCUGACCGGACAAGAGCUUUGAUUCGGGAUAAACGUCAGCAGGCACGACAAAAUGUUCUUUUCAAGUCUGACAAGUGUUUGUGCAAUAAACAGAGUUCAUUCAUCAUUUCCUUUGGUUAACCCUUAGAGCAGAUUUGUCUGAUUUUCUGGAGGUGAAGUGCAGCGUGGUGUGUAGAGAGCUCAGCCACUGUUUUCUCUGGGGAUCAUUUCUGUUAAAUUGAUGUGACUCAGCCGCCCAGCAGAUAAGGCCGCCGCUCACACGCCGCCGUGUCCACA